AUGACUAUCCGUCUACAAGAAUUACUCAUUUUUGUGGUUGGUCAAAUAGAAGUCAUAGAUAAUAAAUUCUAUAUUAAUGCAAAAGAUAUUAACUACAUUAAUAUGAAAAAAAAGGAUUCUGAAGCAGAUGAUUCUCAGAUCUCAUCAACUUCAACUAACCUAACAAGAUCCAAAUUAUUGAAUAUCCAUCAAAAUAUAAUCAAAAAUUCGAGAGAUACAUUAACAGUUCAAUCACUACCACCAAGCAAUAUUGGAAGUACUUUUUUAACUAAAUGCAAAAGAACUGAUAUAACAGAUAAUGCAAUUGUUGAUGCAGACUUUGCAACUUCUGUUGAUCAUAAUUUGAAAAAUACUAAAAUUAGUCUUGAAUCUGAUCAAGAAGAGUCUGAAAAAAUAACCAAAAAUAAUAAACUGCAAAAAAAGACAAAACAACUUCUGAUUAGAUCUUCUUAUAAGAAAAAAAAAUCAUGUGAUUUAAGACCUGCAGAUAUUAUUAAUUCUGAUGAAAAUUGA